CCCCUCACGGCGCCCGGGCGGCGGCUCCCGGCGGCCCCCGCGGCCGGACUGCGUUUCCCGGCGCCCCCCGGGCGCGGUCACAUGACGGGAGCAGCGGAAGAUGGCGGAGCCGCCCGGCGCCGCGGCCGAGGACGCGUGGGGGAAGGUGGACGCUGCCUACAGCGACAAUGGACUGGACUCGGCGCUCUUUAUGGAAAAUACUAGAAAAGGGAGCAUAGUGUCACGAGCCAACAGCAUCGGCUCCACCAGCGCCUCUUCUGUCCCCAACACAGAUGAUGAAGACAGCGACUAUCACCAAGAGCCCUACAAGGAGUCGUACAAGGACCGGCGCAGGCGAGCGCACACGCAGGCGGAGCAGAAGAGGCGGGAUGCCAUCAAGAAAGGCUACGAUGACUUGCAGGCCAUCGUUCCCACGUGUCAGCAGCAGGAUUUCUCCAUAGGCUCCCAGAAGCUGAGCAAGGCCAUUGUCCUCCAGAAAACCAUCGACUACAUCCAGUUCCUGCACAAGGAGAAGAAGAAGCAAGAGGAAGAAGUUUCUACCCUCAGGAAAGAUGUGAUGGCCUUGAAGAUCAUGAAAGUGAACUAUGAGCAGAUUGUGAAAGCUCACCAGGACAACCCAAACGAGGGGAAAGACCAGGUCUCUGACCAGGUGAAGUUCAACGUUUUCCAAGGCAUUAUGGAUUCGCUGUUCCAGUCCUUUAAUGCCUCCAUCUCAGUAACCAGCUUUCAGGAACUCUCAGCAUGCGUCUUCAGCUGGAUUGAGGUGCACUGUAAGCCCCAGAUGCUACGGGACAUUGUGAUUGGGGUCCUGCAUCAACUGAAGAGUCAGCUGUACUGAAUGCUCCCUGCUGCAGCAUCAGUGGCUCCAGGUCCGCUGCCUCCUCAACACCUCUGCGGGAGACGGGGCACCUCCUUCUGGGGAGGGCCUGGGUGACGGACGCCAGGGUUUUUUCCCUUGUGGUUGUUCUUAAAGCUUCUCUGAAUUAUUUAUUGUAUUGACUACAAAACCAAAACUGGGCUGUGCAAACAUCUCUGCUCCACAGGUACUGUCACAGUCUGUAUUACCAAAUAUUUGUAGGGACUUAGCAAAGAAGGGGGAAAAAAAUAAAUGUAAAGAGCACAGGCCUCUUAGGUUGCCAGAGAGUCUUUAGCUCAGGCAGGCUUGUUGUGUUUGGGUUUGUCUGUGCCACUGACUCUCCACAGCCCUAGCUGAAGCUCAGCUGGUAGAACAGCUCCAUUCUGUAACCUCAGACUUCUGAUACAAACCCUUUCGAUCCUGGAAAAAAGGUAUAUUAAAAGCUGUUGGUUUCUAUUAGAGCAGAUUAGAACUAGGCUUCUCCCCUAACUGCAGGCUUUUUUUUUAUAUACAUCCCUGUGAAGCAGCUCUUUUCAGGUCCAAGAGGCUGUUUUUAACUUCUUGAGAUGGUUUUGGAGAAGGCCUGCAAGAACCAAUCGAAGGAUUAGCCCAUCACUGCCGCAAGAUGCGUUUACUCAGCAUAGAAGUGCCCUCCCCUAGUGCAGAGACCGCUGGCGGAGUGUGCCAGGAGACGCUGCUGGCCUGACCUCUUCAGCUGUAGCCCUAGUUCCCCUAAAAGUGAAUCAGGCAUGAACUUUCUCUGCAGGCUUUUCCUGCUCUCUCACUGCAGUUGCUGCAAUGUGUCUGGCUUCAUCUUGCUUCAGGUUUUGAUGUGGCCAUACUGAAUGGGACAGUAGUUCAGUAGGUGAAGCACAGCGCUGCCGCAGGUUCUAUCUGCUUCUUGUUAGAACUGUAGCUUUAUAUAUAACCAGCCUUGAUUUUAUUUUAUUUUUUUUCCUAUAAAUCACUGAAAUCAUGCUAAAGUAUUAUGAACAUCAGUUUUGCAGAUGAAUGCUCUCUGGAGCAAUUUUUAACCUGUCACACACUGCUGCUUUCAGUAUGGUUCGCAGGUCUAGCCAACACAAAUACUUAGUGGAGAGCUGUUAUCUGCUAACUAAGCAAUAGCUGUUUACUACACAAAAUGAUUGUAUUGGAACUGCUUCACAAAAGUGACUCUUACAUCAGGAUUUGUCUUCUGUAAUCAUGUUCUUGCUACCACUGCAAUAGUAGUGUCUAUUUAUUUUACCUGUUUUUCCACUAGUGAGGAGAUAAUACUUAGCGCAAAGUUGCUUGGUUUGAAUGCUGCAGCAUCAGAAUGUUUAAACUACUGCUUCUACCUGACAUAGUAAAGAAAACAUUUUUCUGGGGUUGAUAUUUUAUAAACAAUUAUUCUUCAAAACCGGCGUUGGGUGUCCUUUUCAAUACAGUGGAGGCCCAAAGGAGGCGAUGCACAUAACCGCUAGAAGACCUUGCCCGCACAGGGCCAGAUGUGUGUCUCCUGUGAGAUGUUGCUUUGGGGUGAAGAAAAUACACUGUUGUGGAUGAACAGACUGCGCUACAUGGCGAAAUAAGUGGCACAGAUUGAAGUCGUUUAGAGACUCUGCCAGAAGCAGUCUCCUGCCUUGUGAGGAGGACAUGGAUUUUUACAGACCUCACAUGUGAAAGUGACAUAUUUUUCUAUUGUGAAAGAAAAAUAAUUAAAUAAAUUUUGCUGAAUGUUUUAA